CAGUUGGCAACACUACUGUAUUAUAACCUCUGCGGAGAUCGUCUGGAGAUUUUAAUUGCAAAAUCUCUUUUCUUACACUAAAUUUCUUUAGGAAAUAGUGCAAAAUGUCUGACCUUCCUUAUGGACCACCAGUCAGGGUAUCGCCUUUGAUUCGGUUCGGGCGUUGGUCGUUCUUAACUGCCGGUAUCUUGUACGGUGCCUUCCAUCAGAACAGGCUAUCAAAGAAGGAGGCCAAGAUCCGUGAGGUAGAAGCCAAAGAGAAGGUGAUCAGAGACGCGAAACUCAAAGAGGAAAAGGCUAUUGCUGCUGCAGCUGAACUCAAAGCUUUAGAAGAAAUGGUCUCAAGCAAGAAGUAGUAUAAACAAGCAGUUAACCAAUAGUGGAUGCCAUCUUGUUUAGUGUUGCCGUUAAAAAAUGAAUACAUUUCCACGGCAACAUGAUUCCAUCAAGUUUUUAAUUAUGUUUUAUUUAAAGAAAUAUAGAUCAUAAUCAAAUUAA